GAAUUAUCGCGUUUGUUAUAUAGCAACGGUACAGUUGUUAUUAUUUAGUGACAAAAUGCUAAAGACAGGUUGGCAUGGAUGAAAUAUUUUGAGUUUUUCUAACCUUUUUGGACUAUGAUCACUUUCACUGUCCACCUCUCCGUCCAGUUUCUUUGAAGUCAAAAAAAGGUCAUGAUACUUUCAAUAGUGGUUUUCCUAGAAGCUGCUCUAGCUGUAGUCACCGCUUCUCUGAUGCUGUGCUGGAUUCUUGGACUCUCCAGUUAUUUCAUUGAAGACGAUCAAACCGAUGAACCCAAAACCACUAAACAAAUAAAGGUGAAAUCAGAUUCUUCAUCAGUGUUGAAGAUUUCUUCGUCUUCUACUGGUAAAAGUCAAACUUCAGGUUUGAAGGGUGAAGAAACCGCAGCCUCGAAGCCUCUUAAACCUUCAAAAUAUCUCAGCUGCGCAAACGAAAAUAAAAAAGUAGAAACAAUAGAUGGCGCUGCCAGAAAGGUGGCGUCACAAACAGAUGAAUCUAUUUUCAGGAGAUCCGGGUCCGUGUCUUCAAGAUCAUCAGUUGCAACGUCGUUUGACCAGAAUUUAAGUGUUUCAAAAAUUCAUAGGCCAGAGUCAAACCAGUCAGUAAUUUCUUCUGUUGGGGAUUACGACCCCUGGGGUAUUGGAGGACUGCACUGUGUAGAACAUUCCAUGACAGAGAAUGGAUGGGCAGGCAGAGAAAGUAGUGCUGUAGCUGUUACUAUGGAUAGCUAUAGUCACACGAGGAAUCUAGUCAGUAGAGAAAGAAUAGAGGAUUAUGUUGAGGAAGAUGACAUACUUCUUGGCGGAGAUGCUACCAAUUUUUUACACGUUUUCAGUGAUGAAAGUCCUAAAUAUUUUGGCAUUCCUGUGAGGAUUUUUUACCACAGCCAUUCUAGAAGACCUAUAAAAAUCACUUUUAAGAAAUACAAGAGAAUUACUCUGGAUCGUAGGAAAUGGUUUAGAAAAAUUAAAUCGUUGGUGAUCACUCAGAAGAUUGGUUCUUUAUCGGAAAUCCCCCCAUCUUUAAAACGUUUUUUCUCAGGUAUUAGGAAGUCUAAGUCAUCAAAAAUACAAGGACAUGAAACGUUCAAAAUGUUAUCAAGACGUCCUCAACAGUCAGCUCUAAUUCCUGAGCUUAAGGGGUUACAAACACAAUCACCAUUUUUAUCUCGUCAAGGAAUUAAAGCUUCAUCACCAACAUUUCAUCUUACUAACUUAAGUGGACUUCCUUCAGUCAUUUCAACUUCAGAAUCACCAACUUCCCAAGGUGCAUUAUUUCAAGAUUAUGCACCAGCAACAACAUCUAGCAUCUUUACAGCACAUAUUGGUUCGCCUGUACCUCCAAAAAUAUCACCAACUAAUCUAAGUCCUUUUCAAAACUUAUCUCCCUCUAACACAGUAGAUCUGACGUCCACAACUUCUUCAAAUCGGUCAACAUCAAUAUGCAUUCCUCAAAUGAGCAUAAUUCAAAGUCCUCGAUCUAUCUCUCCAAUCCUCGUUAUGCAACAAAUACCUGAUUCUGCUUCUCAGACUUUGACUCCAAAGCAAUCAGUUUCACCAAUUCAUAAUUCCUUUCUCCAACGUCCCAUUUUUCCUUCAGUAAUAGGACAUCAGAGCUUUACCUUACAACCAACAAUGAAAGAAAAGGUUUCUCCAGCCACAAUAGAAAUUGCAGAACGUGGUCAUUCUCUGCCAAAGAGACCAGUUUCUCCACUUUACCAACCCUUCAGAAGUAGUCCCACAUUGUUAGCUACUGAACACCAAACAUCACAGCCAGUUACUUUUACACAUUCUUUAAUACCAUCAUCGGUUUCAGCAAGUGUUUCUCCUCCGAAAAGACCAACUUCACCAGCUUAUCAACAUUUUACUGGUCUUCCUACCCCUACUUCUCUUGUAUUACAACAAAGGUCUUUAUCACAGCCACCUACAAGAAAUAUUUCUCCUAUAAGAUUAGCAGCAGUAGACAGCCCAUCUUUUAAACCUUCUCCGCCAGAAGAACUUAUUUUACCAACUUAUCAGUAUUUUCCCCAAACUUCUACUUCUUCAGCUGUAGUAUAUCAACAUUUUUUAUCCCAAUCAAUACCUAGACAUGUUACUGAACUUACUCCUUCAAAGCCCUUACAGCAAAACUACCAGUUUCCAAUAGAUUGCUCUCAAGUAGCAAAAAAUGAUACACAGUUAGGUUCAAUAAGAAGACCUCAAAGUGUUCCAACAGGUUUAUUCUCCUUCUCCACGCCAAGUCACAUUCAGACACUUUUCCCUCCUCGAGGUACACCUAGUUACCAUACACCAACAGUUCAUCGAUCUGUGUCCCCAGGAAGAUCAACUGGUUUUCUUCAAUCCUUAUUUGCACAACGGUCUUUAAUUUCAGAGCCAGUUAGGGUGAAGGAGACUACCAGUACUGAUACUUUUGUCCAUAAAAGUGUUUCUCCAUCACCACAAAAUCUUCCAAAGCCUCCACCAACUGUGCAUCCUUUUGUAGAUUACACUAGGAUAGCCACUCAACCCAAAGAAGCGGAUUAUCUUGUUGAAAACAGUAAACUGUUCACAAUGCUCAGUUGA